AUGAAGUCCCUAGAAUAACCAGGAUCUCAACAUUUAAACCACUCUCUUCUCUCCCGACUAUUACACUACUGUUCUAGGGUUUGAUCGAAGGUGAUGGGCGGUUUGCUUGCUCCUUGGGAGUGGGAUGAUAAACCAAUCCUGAACCCUGAAAAUGAACCUCUGGUGUUAUUCUUCAAAAAGAAGAGGCAAGAAAUGAAGGAAACAGCAAAAGGGAUUUCUGAAUAUACAGAUUCUACUCUUUACACAGCAUAUACAAGCAUCUGCAAAAAGAAAAAACCUGUUAGAACCCAACUGGAAUUCAUCAAGAUUAAGGGUAUAGGACAGUGGACUCUGAAGCUGUGCAAAGAAUUUUUCAAGACGGAUUCGGAUUGUUCUGAGCAAGAAGAUGAUGAUGAAGAAGAAGUGGGUUCCUCCCAGAAAGGAAAGAGAAGUAAAGGAAAAAAGAGGUAUUUGCCACAGAAGAACUCGGUGGCUUAUGCUUUGUUGAUUACCCUUUAUAAGGAAACUUUAAAUGGGAAAGAAUACAUGAAGAAACAAGAACUUAUUGAUGCGACUGAGGCGAGUGGACUUUCAAGGGUGCCGAUUAUGCCAGAGAGGGGAAAAGGCAAACCUAUGCAAGGUGGAAAUUCAGGUAACCAGUGGUAUACUGGAUGGAGCUGUAUGGGCGGACUGAUAACCAAAGGAUUGGUUAUCAAGGCUAGUAAUCCAGCGAAGUACAUGUUAACCCCGGAAGGCGUGAAAGCUGCCCAGGAAUGCCAAUCAAAAACCAUCCCCUUUUCUAGUGAAGAAGUUACAUUGGAUUCAAGCAGUCAAGACUCUCAAGAGAAAUCAGUUAGAUUGGGAAAGGUUUCUCAUCCAUACUCAAGCACCUGCAUUGUUGAAGAUAUGGGUGUAGCACGUGUUCCAGAUUAUUCAUGCCGCGUUGAUUCAGCACUGCAUGGUUCAGCCUCACAAGCUUGCUCAUCUUCUAAAUCAUUCAGUUUUGAUGGUCUGGGUGGCAAUAUGAGUUCCUUAAUGACGCCUCCUUUAAAAUUUGGGGAGAGAUUUAAGGAUGUCUAUAAUGUGAUCUUGAUAUUGGAUGAUCGAGAGCAUUUCACUAAGAAUAACAAUUGGGCUAGGUCGAAAAAGACUAUUCAGAAUGUAAGCUCUGAGUACAAAAUUCAAGUAGAGGUUAGACGGUUACCUGUUGGUGAUGCAAUAUGGAUAGCUCAGGAUAAGAACCUUGAAAAUGAAUUUGUCCUUGACUUUAUUGUAGAGAGGAAGGAAAUUGAUGAUUUACGCAUGUCAAUAAGAGACAGUCGAUAUAAAGAUCAGAAACUGAGGAUCCUGAGAUGUGGAGUUAAAAAGCUUAUAUAUCUGGUGGAAGGCGAUCUAAAUUUUAUAGAAGCAGCUGAAGCCAUCAAAACCGCUUGUUUCACAACGGAAAUUCUGGAAGGUUUUGAUGUUCACAGAACGGCCAAUGGACCAGAAACGCUAAGAAAAUAUGGUUAUCUUACACAAGCAAUAGCACAUUAUUACAUGGAGAAAACUCGCGAUGACACGGCAAGAAAAAGUGGAACUUGCCCUUCGUACAGUGAAUUCAUUAAGAAGUGUGAAGAUCUGGAAAAAGUAACUGUCAGUGACUUAUUCGGUACCCAACUCAUGCAGGUCCCUCAGGUUACUGAAGAGAUUGCUCUUAGUGUCCUGGGUUUGUAUCCAACAGUACUGUCACUUGCUCGUGCAUACUCCGUUCUUGAUGGUAAUGUUGAGGCACAAGAGGAGAUGCUGAAGAAGCAGAGUAACAACCUGAUCAGUGGACCUGCUAGCAGGAACAUAUAUCGACUAAUUUGGGGUGAUUAAAGGAGCGUGAUUUUCUGUUCUUAUUUAGGAUGUAUAUAUCGUUUAUAUAAAAAUGAUCACAUAGAUAUGUUCUAGUUAAAUCCUGUCAAUGUUUGCUUAGAAGCUUCAUGGCAGUGAAUAAUAUAGGCCAAGAGUGCCUCAGAAAUGUGCCACUGUCGUGCCUUGUACUGUGACAUGCUAUACAAGGUAGAGUUGUCCAAAUGUAAUUGCAAAAGCCUGGCUUCAGUGCUGGAGUAGGAAGACCAGCGCGUUAUAGCUGAAAACUGGAUUGGGGACCCUAUCCUUAUCAUUUUCAUCUCUUCGUAUAACAAUUCCAUCCUACUUAAACUAGCA